GCUGGGCAUCUCGACAACGCGAGAGAUUUGCUCGCAAGCAUGCCGUUUGUGCCCGAUUCGCUGGAGUGGGCGUGCUUUCUGUCAGCGCCUAGGCCGAAGGGAAUUCUAAAGCUCGGCGUGGACGCCAUUACCGCGACACCGCGCUCGGCGAACUACGUGCUCCUCGCCAACGCAAUAUGCCCGUGAAUAUGCCGAUUCACACGAAUAUUCUAAAGGCUCUCGAAUAUGCCUGUAAAUAUGCGAGAUUUAGGGUUUUCGCUGUAGGGUUAUUCGCGAUGGAGAAUGCAGACGAGCGAGCGCGAGAGCGCGAGGCCGAUGAGAGGGGCGAAGAGAAGGAAGGAAAGGUGGUGGAAGGAGAGGAGGGGCAAGAGGAGGAGGGCGAGUGCCCAUUUUGUUUGUUCAUGAAGGCGGGGCCGUGUGGGAAGGAGUUUCAGGAGUGGGAGGACUGCGUGCAGGAGGCGGAGAAGGAAUCGGAGGAGACGGUGGUGCGCUGCCGCUCCAUCACGCAGGUCCUCAUGAAGUGCAUGGAGGGAUCGAGCUACUACUCGGUGGUUCUCCAGGCGGGGGAGAAGCUGGACGACUCGGCGGAUCGGGGCGGUGAGCAGCCGCACAAGCAGGAGCAGCGGCAGGAGGAUCUGCAGCAGGAGCAGGUGCAGGUGCAGAUUCCGGAGCAGGAGCAAGUUCAGGUGCAGGUUCAGGUGCAGAUUCCGGAGGAGGAGCAAGUUCAGGUUCAAGUUCAGGUUCCGGAGGAGGAGCAAGUUCAGGUUCAGGUGCAGAUUCCGGAGCAGGAGCAAGUUGAGGUACAGGCGCAGGGCGCGACGGAUGAGACGGAUCAAGCCAAGGAUCAAGCCAAGGACAAGGAGGAGAAAGAGCAAGGAGGAUUUCAAGUGCACGUUCAAGUGGAGGAUCGGCAGGGGAUGGCUGCGUGAGGAGAACGGGAGAGAGAAAAUAACAAACAAACAAGUGUUUUGUUGAUUGCCUUGCCCCGGAACUCCUCUCAAUUUUGUAAGUGGUGCUCUUCACCAAAUAAUUUUUGAUAGACAAUCCUGCACUUGUUAUA